GAGGCAUCAGACACACGUGGUUGGUGUUGUGCCUGGGAUUGCGCCGGUAUUUCAGCAGAUUUCACUCUUAGAAGUGUGUCAUCACGCCGUUUGCUUCCCUAACGCUCUUAGGAUGAUACGACAGUAGGAAGGUGAAUGCGACACCUCUAAAGUUCAGAGGUCGGUUUGGAAAAAAAAACGAGGCUGGCGUAGCCCUGGCGUGACCUCACGCUGUUCCUGUCGGAGUUCACCGGACUGAAGAAUAUCAAUCUUGCAGCCAUUUGAAGGCAGAGAAGGGAUAUAUUCCCCUUUGGUUGUCUUUGACCAACAAGACGGAAUCAUGUCCUGUAAUCAUUUAACGGAGAAGAACCAAACUGUGGUAGAACCAUCAACAAGGUUUUGAGGUUUGCAGAGCAGAACCAUGAGCUCUAAAGUGUGUAAGCACUGCGGCAGCUCGGACAUCGACGUUGACCAUGCGCGGGGCGAUGCCGUCUGCAUGGGCUGCGGCUCUGUGCUGGAGGACAACAUCAUCGUGUCCGAGGUGGAGUUUGUGGAGACGGGUGGCGGGGGCUCCCUGGCUGUUGGACAGUUUGUUUCUUCAGAAGGUGGUCCUAAAAAUCCAUCAUUUGGGGAUGGACACUUCUCUGGUAUGGGGUCCGAGUCCCGAGCUCAGACACUGCAGAGAGCUAAACAACACAUCAACACCCUGGGUCACCAGCUUCAAAUGAACCAGCACUGCUUGGACACGGCCUUCAACUUUUACAAGAUGGCCCUCAAUAAAAGCUUGACACGUGGCCGCAAGUCCGCCCAUGUCAUGGCUGCCUGUAUCUACCUGGUCUGCCGCACCGAGGGAACACCACACAUGCUGCUGGAUCUCAGUGACAUUUUGCAGGUGAAUGUGUAUGUGCUGGGAAAAACCUUCCUCCUGCUGGCCAAAGAACUUUGCAUCAAUGCUCCAGCUAUAGACCCCUGCCUAUAUAUACCUCGUUUCACCCAAAUGCUGGAAUUUGGCGAGAAGAGCCGUGAGGUCUCCAUGACGGCACUGCGACUGGUGCAGAGAAUGAAGAGAGACUGGAUGCACACGGGAAGAAGGCCAUCUGGACUCUGUGGCGCAGCUCUUCUUGUUUCUGCUCGUUUACACGACUUCUGUCGCACCAUCAAAGAAAUUGUUAAAGUUGUGAAAGUCUGUGAAGCCACACUAAAGAAAAGACUCACAGAGUUUGAGGACACACCCACAAGUCAGCUGUCUAUUGAGGAGUUUAUGAGGGUAGAUCUAGACCAAGAGUGUGACCCACCAUGCUUUACAGCUGGACUCAAGAAGAAAAAAGCCCAACAGUUGGAAUUGGAGCUGAAGAAAAAGAUAGACGACUUUGAAGAUGAAAUCCAGGGGUACCAGGAUGAAAUAGAUGCAGAGCUGGGGAGCUGCAGACCCAAGCUCAGGGGAGUUUAUGCUGCUUACACUAAGGAAGAGUGUCUAAAUGAAGACAUUACUUCCACAUCAUCUAAGGUGGUAGAGGAAUUGAACGAGGGCGACGAGCUUCAGGCCGUGGCUAAGCACUUUGGUAAAGAACUCGAUGAAAUCACACUGGAGGCUCUCAUAAAACUUGAGAAGGAAGGUUCAGAAGAGGAGGAGAACCAGCAGGAGAAUUUCUCAAAGCGAAAAGGCCCCUCACUGGCUUCUAUACUGGGAAGAAUGUCCACGUCAGCCACUCUGGGCCUCACAGAGUCCAUUAGCCACUGUGUCGGAGACAACAUGGACAAUGACGGCAGUGCUGACAACGGGGAUCUGGACCUGAGUGGCAUAGAUGACAGUGAGAUCGAUUUGUAUCUUCUGAAUGACGAAGAAGUCCAAAUCAAGACUGCGCUCUGGAUGGCAGAAAACUCAGACUACCUAAAAGCGCAAAAAGAAAAGGAAGUAAAGAUGCGAAAAGAAAAAGAGCUUGGGAUCUAUAAAGAAAAAAAGCCAAGACGCCCCUCAAAAAAGCACCCUACCAUUAGAGCCAACUCUGCAGAUGAGGCCAUUGAGAAGAUGUUGGAACAGAAAAAGAUAUCCACCAAGAUCAACUAUGACGUGUUAAAGGAACUCAACAUAAAGCCUGGCCUCAGUCCUGCUUCUGUGGUGGAGUCACCAAAGGAGGAGCAGUCAGCCACUAGGACAACUGGCUGCAACCGCAGACCUGCUCCUACUCGAAACCAGUUGAGCCUCAGCAUGCCACUGAGCACUCUUGGAAAACGAUUGCAGCCAUUCAUCACCAGACAACCCAACAAGAAGCUGGCUGUGGAGCAGACUGAUGUCCCUGGCCCCCAGUCAGUAGCUGCAGCAGCCCCUCCCAGCGGAGUUGUUGUCGAGAGCGGCCCUGUCUUAUAUGAUGAUGUAGAUGAUGAAGAUGAUGAAGAAGAGGAGACCUGUGUCAGUGCCAUGGAGCUGCUGGGCGGUGACGGUUAUGGUUGUGAUGGAGAAUAUGAUGAUGGAUACUAGAUGCAUCCUCCACCCGGCAUAUCAUUCCCGACAGGCACUGGAAUCCAAAGUAGAUCCUACCUUUACUAUCAGGAACCUAAUAUAUGCUGCCAAAGUUAAGACACUGGAGUAAAGGUUUGCUGCACAUCAUACUGCUUUCAAGUUGGGCUGAAGUGAGAAGAUUUGGUGAUAAGAUGGUGGCAGGGCGUGGUACUGAGGCUGCUCUUUGAGGGGUCCACUGGAUUGGUUUGCAGGUUGGAUAUCUGCCCUGUAAAAAUAAAAAAAAAAUCUAGGAAGAUCUUAAUUCAAAAAUGUAACUGCACCAAAAAGCAGCUCAGUGCUUUCUCCUGACACCAGAUGUUUUAAUGCUAUACUUUCUCUCGGUCGUGAGAUAUUUGUGUGAGAUCAAAAUCCAAAUCUGAGUUGUUUUGUUUUCUGCAAGUAGUUGUUCUUAUUACCUUUGGAGGGAAUUUGAAACAGACUCUUAAGUUUAAUAAAAUGUUCUUCAACAUAAUCAAGAUCUAGUUAUCAUGAAGUUAAAGAUUUUGUAAUAAAUUAAUUAGCUAUGGCUUUAUCUUUACCUUUUGCAGAAAGUGUACUAUAUCUUUCAAUUGAAGCAACUUCGGAUUUAGGUUCGGUGUCGCUUGCAGUAUCCUUUCUAAGACACAGAAAGUUUUAAAAUUAGAAGAUGGAUAUACAUUUAUGAUAGUAUAUUUUCCAGAUGUAUUAUGGAGUUAAGACAGGACUGAGAUCUCGUUUUGCAUAAUUUUGUGUUAGUGAGGAUCAUUUUGGUCUUUUUUGCUGUAUUCACAGCACAGUAUUCACAAGGACAUGGUGUUGAUUAUGUAUCUAUAAAAUACAUUAAAGACCUCACUAACUGGAAAAAACA